AUGGCCAAUUCCACAGAUAAAGCAUUACCAUCUUCGGCUGAGCACCAGCACCAGACAGGCGACUGUCCGCACGCCGUGGCCUCCACUAUUAUUCAGCGUCACCGCGACAACCGUCAGCGAUUCGAUUCGGCCGACUACGUGAUGGCGCAGAUUGCUGCUGGCCCGUGUGCCGGGUGCACGUGCGGUAAGUGCGCGCCUUCGGACGGCACCGAACUAGAGCGAGAACCGGAGCCUGGUACUGCGGAAGCUCGCGAACAGCUACGGUGUCUGCGUUUGCAGCGCUUCGACUCUGCCGACUGGGCCUUACAGGCUCAGCGCGCGCAGCAGAAUCCGCAGACAGACUCCCCAGCGUCAGAACCCGGGAACGUUGCGCAGAUGCUGAUGGACCGACAUGCACUCAAGACCUGCGCUUUGGUGGGUCCCCAACCGGUCAAGACCGACGACAGUGCCAACAAGGCAUAG